AUGCUGUGCUCGCUAGGGGGCAGUGUAGAUAUUUACUUGCGCGCUGUCAAAACACGGAAAUAUCAGCAAGGACCAGCCUGUCCUGUAUUGUGACUUUGUACGAUAAACUGUUAAUGUUGUUCUUCUGAUUUGGACUGAAAACGAAAGUAAGUGUAAAUCUCCAUUAUCUUAAGACAGCAUGGAUGAGGACAUGACAGACGAGGGUUCGGAGGCCCUGCGACCGGACCUGACCUGUUCCGUGUGUAAGAACAUCUUCAAUGACCCUGUGCUCCUGCCGUGCUCACACUCCUUCUGUCGGGAAUGUGCACAGAGAAGCUGGAAGUUCAAUAAAAAGUGUCCGGCCUGUAGACAACCUUUUACCGAGGACCAAGCUAUUGCAAAUCGUGCUCUGAAAAAUGCCUGUGAGACUUUAGUAAGGCAGAUCAACCUGACAAAUCCCCCACAACCGAGUGAGUUUGUCUGUAACCUGCACUACAGGCCUUUAGAGCUUUACUGCGAGAAGGACGAAGAGCCCGUGUGUGUGGACUGUGCCAUUCUUCACAGUACGCACCGCCUGUUCAGCAUCAAGGAUGGGGUCCCGCGUUGUAAGAAAGAGCUGUUUGAUAAACUCGACAUAUUUGAAAAGAAGGUAGAUUUGCACAGAAAAAUGAAGCAUAGAUUUACCAAAGCAGUGGAUUAUGUAAAGCAACAAGCAGGAGAAGCAGAGAAACAGAUUAAAGAAGAAUUUGAAAGGCUCCACAAAUUUCUUUAUGCUGAAGAAAAUAAGCGACUUGAAGUCCUGGCCAGUGAAGAAAAGCAAAAGAUAACAACUUUACAAGAAAAGAUAUCUAAAACAGAAGAUAAUUUAAAAAGUCUUAAAGAACAUGUGGACAUUCUGAAUAAAGAGCUAGGAAAGGAAGACCUGCCCCUUCUGAUGAAUUUCCAGAAAGUAAAAAGAGAAGCUGAAUGGAAAAAAGGUGACCCCAAGAUUUCUCAUCAUGAUCUUCUGAAUAUGAGUAAACAUGUUGGUGCUUUAAGCUUCACUGUCUGGCAGAUGAUGAAAGAUUGUGUUAAAUAUAACCCAGUGGUUUUAGAUCCUAACACUGCUUCCCCUUGGUUGGCCCUGAGUCCAGACCUGACCAGCGUGAAAGAAAACCCAGAGCGACUCAGUGUCCCUGACAACCCCGAUCGCUUUGACCCGUGUGUCUUUGUCCUGGGGGCUGAAGGAUACACCUCUGGGAAACACAAGUGGGAGGUCUCCGUUGGAGAUAACCCCAAGUGGAUUGUGGGAGUGUGCAAAGAGUCAGUAGUGCGUAAAAGAAAGUUUACAGUUUCGACCAAUAGGGGUGUGUGGGCCAUAGGGCUCAGCAAAGGGGUAUACACUGCAUUAACACCUGAACGCCCAGAGCUCCCUGUAAAUCCACGUCCAGAGAAAAUCCGGAUUAAGUUAAACAUGGACAACCGUGAAGUGUCUUUUUGGGAUGCAAUGACAGCUAAAUUCUUGAUCUCUUUUAGUUUUGAUUUGGAAGAGAAUGAAAAAGUGUAUCCAAUUUUUGGUCCAGGACUUCACAGUACACCUAUGAUUCUAGCUCCAGGUAAAAUUGCUGUAUAUACAUCCUGACAGAAGUGGUCAUUUAAAAAUCAUACAAUGGAAAAAAUAGACCUGUCUAAAAACCCCAACGCAGAAAGUGAAAUUAACAAGGACACUGCAUUAGCACUAAUUAAACAUCACUAUAACAUUACUCGUGUAUUGUUAAUUUUAGUUUUAGUUCGUUUUUCUUCUCUUCUUUUUCUUUUUACAAUAAGCAUAGGGUGUUGAAAACAUUUCUAGUGCCUUCAUUAUUUUGUUUGUUGAAUGUAUUACCUAUAAGACCAGACUAAUUGUAAACUGUCCUGAUAAAUAAAUAUAUGAAAGGAAAAUGA